ACUGCAUACAAAAUUUAAUGACACCGGCCACCAUCAAAGGCAAGUGGUUGCGGGACGUAGAAGGCGGCGUGGGUGCAAGCCAUUUCUGGUUGGUGCGGUGUCAAUGUCAAAAAUAAAUUUGAAGGGAAAUUGGAGCCCAAGGGAGGGGGGUCAAUCCAGAAGGAAAGGAGAGAGAAAAAGGUUAAAUCUGUCGACUUGCGCCAGUCCAACUGUAAUGGUUCUCAAGGCCUGUAGUGUAGACUGUGGUGUCAGCUAUACGCAACCGGCCAUCCUUGACCGGAACCUCGCGAGCUAGCAGCUCCGAUGUAUCUAGCACUGAGCGCAAAUGCUUCACCAAAACUACCCCAAAACCUCUUCUUUGUCUCUCAAAUCUGCAGCUUCUCUCAUCACCUUCAUCCUGACCCUUAUCUGGAGAAGCGUCAUAAGGAAGUUCAUGCUAGCGAACAUGGAAGUCCGAGCGAAGAUGGUAGUGCAGCUCGCAGUGAUGGAGGCAGAGAGGGAGGGAGAUCGGAAGGAAAAGUUAAAGUUAAAGGAGCGCUAAAUAACAGAGCUCUAGAAUCUGUAGCGGCGGAUCAAGCGGAUUUGGAAUCUAAGCAAGCUUUCAACCUAUGGGAUGAUGAGUCUUAAUCUAGCAGUAAUUAUGCCAAAUUCUAGUUAAAGUAUAUUGCUUUUUAAAUUAAUUAGUUUACUUGGUUUAGUCUGCAAUGAUUUAGUUUAGUACAUGGACUGACAUAAUCUCCAAUUAACUCACAAUCUAAAU